AUGGCUCGUACAUUCUUUCGCAAAUUAUUGACAUACGUAUCCUCUGAAGAUGAUAGCGAUGUUCAUACUGAGGAGGUCGAUGGACAGUCAUCGAGGCAGCGUGGCAAUAGGCACCCACGUAAGUUUAUUCGGCGUGAUCAUGCCCAGGGGUACGAGCGCCUAUUUCGUGAUUAUUUCGCAGAGAAUCCAAUAUAUCACUCGAAUCUAUUUCGAAGGAGAUUUCGGAUGAGCCGUUUCCUAUUUCUUCGUAUUCUAAAUGAGGUAGAGUCUUACGAGUCGUAUUUCGUCCAGAGAAGAGAUAAUGCUGGAAGACUCGAUUUGCGGUCUCCAAAUGCUAAUGAUAUAGCCCGAUUGCUGCUGGUUGGUGAAUAA